UCAGCUGGGCGCCCAAUUUUACUAUUUCAACCCUGACACGGUCUUCGUUUCCUUCCCUCCAUUUCUUUCUUGGUCUUCAAGAUCUCCCACUGCUCCUCAAUGUGUCCUCAAUGUGUCGGUGAUCUAAAUCAUAAACCCCAACCCCAAUCCCAGCCCUCUUUCUCACUCCGCCGCCAAUGUCUUCCAUUCGAAUCGACGCAUCGAAGCAGCACUACACCACCACCUUCCUCGUGGUCGGUUACGCACUCUGCUCCAGUCUCCUCGCCAUCAUCAACAAGUACGCCAUCACCCAAUUCAACUACCCCGGCCUCUUAACCGCACUCCAGUACCUCACUUCCGCCCUCGGCGUCUAUCUUCUCGGCAAAUUAGGGUUCCUCCACCACGACCCCUUCACUCUUGACACCGCCAAGCGCUUCUUCCCCGCUGCACUCGUCUUCUUCCUCGCCAUCUUCACCAACACCAACCUCCUCCGCCACGCCAAUGUCGACACCUUCAUCGUCUUCCGAUCUCUCACCCCUCUCCUCGUCGCCCUUGCCGACACCGUCUUCCGCCACCAGCCUUGCCCCUCCAAGCUCACAUUUUUCUCCCUCGUCGUUAUCCUUGCCGGCGCCGUCGGGUAUGUCUCCACUGAUUCCGCUUUCACCCUCACUGCUUAUUCUUGGGCUUUUGCUUAUCUUGUCACAAUCACCACUGAGAUGGUUUACAUCAAGCACAUGGUCAUGAAUCUAGGGUUGAACACUUGGGGUUUUGUUUUGUACAACAAUUUGUUGUCUCUCAUGAUUGCGCCCUUGUUCUGGUUCCUUACCGGUGAGAAUUUUGAGGUUUUCGAUGCUCUGAGAUCCGGUUCCGGGAGCUUGUUUGAUCCCAGUGCUCUUGCUGCUGUUGGGCUAUCCUGUGUGUUUGGAUUGGCGAUUAGUUUCUUUGGCUUUGCGGCAAGGAAGGCCGUUUCCGCCACGGCGUUUACUGUCACUGGCGUUGUGAACAAGUUUCUCACUGUGGCUAUCAAUGUGCUCAUUUGGGACAAGCACGCCAGCCCCUUCGGAUUGCUUUGUUUGCUAUUCACCAUUGUUGGUGGAGUUCUUUAUCAGCAGUCAGUUACAGGGCCUGCCCCGGUGCAGCGUGAUACAAUGGUGGAUGUUGAGAAGAAUCCUGGUGAUUAUGAUGAUGAUGGUCAUGAUUUGGAAGCUGAGAGACUAUUAAAGGGAAGUCAAAUACUUGGAAGCAGAGAAGGUUCUGCACUGUUUUGAUUUUGAGUUCUUUGGUUUAACCAAAGAGCGUCCUGUUUUCCAAGACUUCUAGAGGUCAUUGUAACCAAAUGCUGGACAUGUGUAUUAUUUGCUCUUGCUAAGUCACUGCCCUAAAAUAGCCCUGAACGGUUAUUUUACCUUCUUUGUGAUAUUUACCAAUGGAGUAUGGAUGUCUGCAAUCAAUUAUAGAUCCUAACUCUCUAACAGUGGGUUUUUUUUCCCCAGAAGCCUACCAAAUUUAACUUUACCGACAGGUAUUUUUAUUUCUUGAAAGGGAUUUCCCUGAAUGCCUUAGGAAUUCGCUUAAAUAUCUUGUGAACUUGUGAAGAAGGAUGUGGUGGUGGUGGGAACACCUUCUGUUGAAAUGUUACCCAAAAUUGUUAUGAUGUUUGAUGAAAAAGAUAGAAUCUGUUUGCUCUAUCUGUGUACUGGUGUGAUGCGGGAAUGCUACCAUGAGGUCCUUACAAAAUGUAAAGGUUUUGUCAAACGAUCAAGGGUGCGGCUUCAAGUUAUUUCAACACUGCUAUCUAUUAUUAUUAUUCAUAUUUAGUGCAGGGCAAGAUUGUAUCUGUCUUGGCACUUCAAAAUGCUGAAGAUGGAGAUAACUUAUUCAUAUUGUUCUAUAAUGACAAUUACUUAUCAGUUAUCAUUAUCGUAA